GUAGAUCUAUCGGUAAUGUUUUUUUUCUAUUUUUAGAGAAUUCGUCAUAACUUAUGACAGUAAACAAUCGGAUUCAUAGUUAUUUAUAGUUCUGUUCUAAAACUUCCGUAUUUCUGUUAUUGCUUUUGCAAGUAUAAAAUUUGACACAAAUACAUACACUACACUAGGUCAAAAUGAAUUUCGGAUCUGACUAUGUGUACAUGUAUGAGGAACCAAGUUUUGAGUACAUUUCUGAUGAAGAGUUAGAGGGUGGAAUGAAUGUGAGUGACUCUGACUCAGAUUCACCUGACGAAGAACAUCAUGUACGAAUAGAUGCAGCUUCCACACCAGCUUCCACACGUUUGGAAAAUAGUGUUUAUUCAGAUCCCUGCCCUGUUCCACCAACAAGUGGUGCACAUUUAUUCUGUGCAGCAGGCCCUCCCCUACCACCACGGGCACCACCACGGGCAAAAAAGCCAAAAUCUCACUGGAAGAUGGGAAAAGGUAAAGAAGGUUCAGACCCCAUACCUCAGAAUCAUAGGCGUGUAAGACAAGGGGACACAAAUGUUGUGACAGUAAAGUUUGACAAGCUGAUAGCUCCAAGUAACAUGCAUGCUGGGGACGCUCAAUCAUGUACCAACUGUGCAGCCAUCUUGUCUAAAAUCAGCAAGAUUAUUAUUCUGGGAGAGGAGAAGGUGUGGACUUGUGAGUACUGCGAAACUAGAAACGUUGUAGAUAUUGAAGAAGAGGAGGUGCCUAAAGAAGCAGACGUCACGUUUAUGUUAGAACCAGCCCUCUCCACAACAGCUAGUGGACCGACUGGCCUUGAUGAGUCACUUGUUAUCUUCUGUGUUGAUGUGUCUGGUAGUAUGUGUGUAACAACUGAGGUGCCUGGCCAUGUUGAGCUCAGAGGUGCGUCAGAUUUACGACGAGCUCAGGCCUUGAAUCGUGAACGUUCUGACCAAUUCCUACCACGUCAACGCCGAAAUGUUACCUAUAUAUCUAGACUGCAGUCAGUUCAGGCAGCCAUUGAUCAUCAGCUUCAGGAGAUGGCAAAAGAAUACCCAAACAGACGUGUGGCCAUAGUUACAUUCAGCAAUGAGGUGACAGUGGUUGGCGAUGGAAAAAUAGAUUCAGUUGCUAUUGCUGGGGAUAAGCUUGGUAACAAAGAUACCCUAAAAACUGUUGCUAUGGAACAACCAUUCCCAGAAGCUAUUAAAAAUACCAGGCAACAACUUGGCCAAAAAUUGUUUGAAUUAGAAGAAUGUGGGCCUACAGCACUUGGACCAGCUUUAUUGGUGUCAACAACUAUGGCAUCAAAGGUUCGUGGGUCAAAGGUUAUUCUGUGUACAGAUGGUCUUGCUAAUGUUGGGAUGGGAAAAACUGACAAUCACAAGACUGACCAGGAGCUGGAAGAUGCUAUUAAAUUCUAUGAUGAAAUUUCUGACAAUGCUUUGGAAAAUGGAGUUUCUAUAUCAGUAAUAACAAUAAAGGGCACUGAUUGUAAACUUGUUGAGAUUGGAAAAAUGGCAGACAAAAACUGGAGGCCAGGUACAGAAGUGAACAUAGUUGAUCCAUUAAAACUGACACAAGAAUUCAGUACAAUCCUGGCUAAUAAAAUCAUUGCUACAAAUGUUGUUGCAACAUUCAUUCUACAUAAAGAAUUGUUUUUCUUCUAUGAGGAAAGUGAGGAGUCAAAGGUUGUCAAAACUAUUGGCAAUGUUACUGCUGAUACUGAAAUAUCCUUCGAGUAUGGUGUACGUACAAAGCCUACAGAAGCUGAUAAAACAAAGACUGAAGGUCAAGCAGAAAGUAAAAUGGAAACUGUAGAAACUGAGAGUGCAGAAGAAAAGAAAGAGGAGAAAAUGGAAGUUGAUGCAAGUGGAUCAAAGGAUACUGGUAAAACAGAAAAUGAAAUGGAAACUGAAAUGGCGGAUAAAGAUCAGAAAAAGGAAACUGCUACUUCAGAAUGUACAACAGAAGGAGCCCAGCCUUUUGCUUCUGUUGGGACAUCAGGGACCCAGUCUGAUGAAGGGCGCAAGGAAUUACCUUUCCAGUUACAGGUUGUUUAUACAGAUACAGAAGGGGCGAAGGCUUUGAGAGUUCUCACUCAUACUAAACCUAUCACAAGGGAUCGGAAAAAAGCUGAGAGAAAUGCCAAGAUAGGAGUAUUAGCUAGACAUACAGCAAUGACUGCAGCUAAAAUGGCUCAAGAUGGCAUGUACACAAUGUCUAGAGAACGAGCUCUCAUGAACCAGAGAGUUGCUUGGCGACACACAAGGGAAGAUUCAGAGAGUAAUAGGGGUAGCAGGCCGACUUACAAGAAAGCAUUUGGAAAGAUCAAAUCUAUGGAGAAUUAUCUCGCGUCACGGCAACGCUCAGAGCGGUCCUCACACGGACGGACAUACAGUGAUGAUGAGGAAGAUGAUGAUGAUAAUGCUGUUGAAGCAAUGUCUGCAAAAGCAGAUGGAUGUUUUGCUGUACAAAGUUCAUCAAAAUCAGCCCCAAAUGAGAAGAAGUCGAAAGGAAAAUCCAAAUCUUUUCUAUCCAAGUUAAAGAAGAAACGCUCAGAGACAACAGAAGAUGCUGGGGCAGCUCUAGUUUUUAAAGGAAAAAAUGCACGAGCAUUCUUUGAGGAAUCAGAUGAGGAUGACAAAUAGAUGAUGUGAUAUUUCACGAUGAUUUCAUGAUAAUGAUCAAGUUCAAUACGUUUUACUUGUACAUACAUUGUAUUUAAAAAAAGAACACUUAGAAUAAAUGGCUGAUUUAAAAUUUUAAAAUUUAUAUACAGUUAUCUACAUAUAUGUCAUUCCAAAUUUAUCUCUGCGUGGUAGUGUUUAUGUGAAUGACUUUCAAUGCUGUGGACAUACUGCUUUAUUGUUUCAUUGGGUUGAAAAAUAUCACACAUUGUUUGCAGUGCUGCUUAAAAAUUAGAUAAAUGUUCUCUACUUUUGAACUUAUUUUAUCAAUCAUAUCUCAAGCCAACUAAAAAUAACAUUUCAUUAUGUAAAAGUACAAGAGAUUAGCAGUAUUAUAUCAAUUGCAAUAUUUGUAACCAUAAGUUAUCAGUUUUUGGCACCAUAAAAAAACCAUACCACCUAAACAUUUUCUUGCUGUAAGACCAGGCUAAAUACAUGUACAUAUACUAUACUCUGUAGAUCUGUUUAAAUUAUUCAUGAAAAUCUCCACAAAUUUGUGAAGCAUACAUGUAGUUUUUUUUAAUAAUUGUAUUAGGAUCAUUGCACAUUUCUAGUGUCUUGAAAGGGUCAUGUGAAUUCCCUUAAAGUAUAUUAAUCUAUUUUUGAUGGAAUACUUAUUUGUAUCUUGAUCAAAACGAAAUUUCCUAAAUAAUUGAAACAGUAAUGUUUGUAAUUUUUGCAUAAAGUAAGAGGCACAUGCUAAACCUAGAAAACUUUGUUUGGACAUGUUUUUAUUGUUUUUGUAUAUAAAUGAUUAAUAUGUAGUAAUGCAAUAGUGUUUUUCUAUAAUUUACGAACCCUUGUGGCUGAAGGGUUGCCUAUAAUGGUUGAGGCAAAAUAAUUGCAGCCACCAUUUAGCCCUGCUAAAGAGGUGACAGAAUGGGUUUGAAUAACUGGAGCCUUUGCAUCUCUUAGCUCCAGCUGGUAAGAUGGUUUUGACCCCUGGUAUUGCUUAAGUUUGUAAUACCCGACGUUAGCAAAAAAAAACAUUUUUCCUGUUCUGGUGCCAUAUGACCUAAAUUGUGUUAGUGUGUUGUAAAACCAAACAAACAAUUAUAAUUUGUGUGUUAAGUAUAUGAGAAACUUUUUGUUAAAAUAAACACAAAUAUGACCAGAUGAAUUUGAAAACAACAUACAUGUAAAAUUUUUGUAAUAUUUAGUACAGUAAACUGCACUAGUUAUGGCUUAACUUCAUAUCAUCAUUUGAUCAUUUUGUACAUACAAAUUUUGUCUGUUAUUUUAUCUUUUUUUCAUUGUUUUUGUUGUGUAAAUACCAGAACCAAUUAGUUUUUGUUUGUUUUUUUUCAAGAAAUGUGAAAAGAUAAACAUGUAUUUAAAUUUUGUUGUUAUUAUUUGCUGACAUUUGCUUUUAUUUGUUUCAAUCUCUAACAGGUGAAGGAAAUUUAUGUAAAUUUACAUGUUACAUGUUUUUUUUAUUGUAAUCUGUAUUCAUUACUGUUAGAUUUAGUGUGGCAAUUAUUUUAGAAAACUUAAGAGUAUGUGUACAUGUAUUUGUAUCAGAAAAAAAAAACAUGAAUUUCAUAAAAUCUAAUUUAAUGACCUUGGUAACAACGAAAAUGAAUUUAACAGUACAUGUAUAUAUGUUGCUUUCAACAUUUGACUGUAAUACAUGAAUAUGAAGUAAAGCUUAUUUUUAAAGUUUCAAGUUUGUUAUGAAAAGUUGUCUAUUGUUGAUUUUGAAUAUUUAAAACUUUGUAUUGUUAGAGGUUUUUGUUGUUUUAUUAUACAUGAUUUAUUAUACAUGUACAUACAAGUA